CAUCGCAACCAACCUUGCGAUGCGAGUGAAUUUGAAAUGCCACCAUAGCUUGUCCUCCAUUAAUUCCCCACGGUGUGGCUAUAACAGGUGCAGCCGCGUAGGUUAGGUAGCGCGUGCGUGCAUGCCUCUUCCGUCCUCAGCGGUCGAUGGCGGAGGAACAGCGAGAGAGGCGAGCACGGCGCAAGCUGCUGUUCGCCGUCCCCAUCAUUCCGAUCGUCUUGUUCAUCGUCGGGUCAUGCGCGCUCUUCUUGUUCACGGCCGACCUCCCGCGCAUCCGCAUCGAGUACGCCUGCCUCGAUGGCGCCCGUGACGCUCCAGCCACGAAGGAGCCGCCGGAGGCCGUGGCGGCGGCUGUUCCCAGCGAGGAGCAACGGGUGCGCCAGCUGAGCGACCGGCCGUACUCGCUGGGCCCGAACGUGUCCGACUACGACGCCCGCAGAGCGGCAUGGCUGGCCGCGCACCCUCGGUUCCCGGCCUUUGUCGCGCCGGAGCGGCCUCGGGUGCUCAUGGUCACCGGCUCGUCGCCGCGGCGGUGCACGGAGGCGGAGGGCGACCACGUGCUCCUGCGCGCGUUCAAGAACAAGGCGGACUACUGCCGCGUGCACGGGCUGGACAUCUUCUACAGCAACGCGGUGCUGGACGGCGAGAUGACGGGGUUCUGGACGAAGCUGCCGCUGCUGCGGGCGCUGAUGGUGGCGCACCCGGAGACGGAGCUGCUCUGGUGGGUGGACUCGGACGCGGUGUUCACGGACAUGCUGUUCGAGCCGCCGUGGGGCAGGUACGCGGGCCACAACCUGGUGCUCCACGGCUGGGACGACGAGGUGUACGGCGCCAGGAACUGGCUCGGCGCCAACACCGGUAGCCUCCUGCUCCGGAACUGCCGGUGGUCGCUGGACCUCCUGGACGCGUGGGCGCGCAUGGGGCCGCGCGGCCCCGUGCGCGAACGGUACGGGAGGGUCUUCGCGGAGGCGCUGUCGAACCGGGCGGCCUGGGAGGCGGACGACCAGUCGGCGCUGGUGUACCUGCUGGCGACGGAGCGCGGCCGGUGGGGGGACAAGGUGUUCCUGGAGAGCUCCUACCACCUGCACGGGUUCUGGGAGGAGAUCGUGGGCCGCUACGAGGAGAUGCGGAGCAGGUGGCGGCCGGGGCUCGGCGACCACCGGUGGCCGCUGGUGACGCACUUCGUCGGGUGCAAGCCGUGCGGGGAGCCGGGCGCGACCUAUGAGGCCGCGGCGUGCCGUGAGGGCAUGGAGCGCGCGCUCAACUUCGCGGACGACCAGAUACUCGGCCUCUACGGGUUCCAGCACGAGUCGCUCGGCACCACGGCCGUGCGGCGCGUCAGGAACGACACCGGACGGCCGCUGGACGCCGACGACGAGGAGAUCGGCCGGCUCCUGCACCCAGAGUUCAGGGCCGCCGGCAUCAACUAGAUCCUUCGGUUGGUUUGGGUGUCAACGUGCAGACAUCGGGACACGCAACACGUCCUGUUUUACACACUCUGAAUAUUUAGGUCAACUCGAUCCGGAUUGAUGAGUUGAAAUGAAAACGAAGAGAGGCAUGACCAUCCCACUCUCUUCCAUCGGAUGGAGAUGAAUGGCUGUGAUUAUUUAGAAACCAACGUCUAUUGGUGGGAGGCCACGGUCAAGCAAUGAGCAGACAACAAAAUUUUCAUCUCAUGCUAUAAAAGGACAACACUUCCAUCU